AUGCCUGCUAUCACCGCCCAUCCUUCCCAGCCUCCGCGCUUCGAAGUCCAUCAAUAUGUGAAGCGAAGUGACUGGGCACAAAGCCAGCCAGGGGUUAUUCUUGUAUUUGUUAUUGUUUUUAGUAUUGGCUUUGGUGUUCUUGGAAUUGUAGUCCACAAGGAGUGGGAGGCUCGCAGGGCCGAAAGGGCUGAGUGGACUGUUGAAGAGAUUAAGGAUGAUGUUCGGGCUACAGGAAGUUCCGAUAUCAGAUUCUAA